AAGUCAGUAUGAAAGUUGUAAUUCUUCUCGCUAUUCUGUGUGUUGUUUAUUCAAGUGCUGAAUACGUUACGACAUUUGGCGAUUGUACAAAUUUUCCACUAAUCGGUCGAAGUCGAGCGUAUGAGAAGGCCUAUAAAAAUACCAUUAGAACCAAAGUGAUUAAAUAUCCAAUGGGAAUAAAUGAACCCAAUUUUGUUAUCAAAGGCAUUAAAUAUUCUGAUUACGAAUCGGUUCAGUCAAAUGUCACGAUUGUCGAUGGUGAAAUGGGUAAAAAACGGAUUUGGAUUAAAGUACAAUCACAACGUGGAUAUGGCAUCAAAGUUCUUUUUGAAUUUUGCGGAGAACGCACAGAGUCUUUGAUUGAUGGACAUUUCGAUGAUAUAAAUUAAAUGUUUAGUGCCUAUUUUAAUCUUAAUCUAUUGUUGUAUAUUUUUGUGAAAAAAUCUUCCAUAUUGCAAAAUGAUCAAUUUCAAAUCCAAAUCACUGUCAUGAAAUAUAUGAUAACCUCAUUUUCACUCAA